CUGUGAACCAAAAACCCUACUGAGAGACACAGCCUAUCUUUACACAAUUAGCUCUGCAAUCAGAAGGCCUCUAGCUGCGACUGAAAAAAUGGCGACUGCUAGAACUGUGAAGGACGUGUCUCCCCACGAGUUCGUCAAGGCUUAUGCUUCCCAUCUCAAGAGAUCCGGCAAGAUUGAGUUGCCUCCCUGGACUGAUAUUGUGAAAACUGGAACACUCAAGGAGCUUGCACCUUAUGAUCCAGACUGGUACUACAUUAGAGCCGCCUCCAUGGCAAGGAAGAUUUACUUGAGGGGUGGCCUUGGUGUGGGUGCUUUCCGUAGAAUCUAUGGUGGGAGCAAGAGAAAUGGAAGUCGUCCACCUCAUUUCGGCAAGAGCAGUGGUUCAAUUGCUCGUCACAUUCUUCAACAAUUGCAGACAAUGAACAUUAUCGAUGUUGACCCAAAGGGUGGGAGGAGAAUCACUUCUAGCGGUCAACGGGAUCUUGACCAAGUGGCUGGACGGAUUGUGGUUGCUGCAUGAUGAACCAAUGGACCGUAUAGAAUACCAGUUAAUUUUGGUAGUUUUAGCUUUCUGAUUUAGUCUGUUGGAGAAAUUUUAUUGCAGAAACCAGAUUAUCUGUCGGAUUUUUUUUUUGGUUUCAAUCUCGUGAAAAUGGUUUAACCACCAGCUUGUUUUGUUAUUUUUGACAUUUUUGGUUUUACUUAUUAUCUUUUUUUCUGGCAUGAUAAGAAACUACAAACUUGUGCUGAUCUUAA